AUGUCCGACCGCGCAUCGACCCAAGAUGAAACACAGAAGGGCUACAGCCUAGAGGAACUCACCAUCGUCGACCAGACGACACAAAAGGAUGCAUAUAGCGACGAGAGACCUGGUGGCUUGCCAGAAUGGAAGUGGAAGGCGGCCGUUCUCAUCUUCAUUAUCACAGGCUCUUGCAGUGGAUACGACGUCAGUAACGUUGCCAACAUUCAGCCUCGCCUCUACGAAGCCUUUGGCAACAUCGAACUCCUCCCCUGGAUCGGCCUCUCUUACUCGCUCGCCAACUUUGCCGUCUUGUCCUUCGCUCGCAAGAUCGCCUACUGCUUUGACCUGAAAUGGGUCUACCUUGUCCACCUUGCCAUCUUUAUGGUCGGCACGGCCAUCGGUGGUGCCUCCAACGACAUCCAGACCAUGAUUGUUGCCCGUGUUAUCAUGGGCUGGGGUGGUUCUGUCUGUCAGCAGAUCAACUUCUCCUACGUGGCCAUUCUGGCCAAACCCUCCGAAACAGCAGGUCUAUUUGGCAUUCUCAGCGCCAUGUGGGCAGUUGGCCUUGUUGUUGGCGGUCCCAUCGGCAGUGCCUUCGCCGAGAACAGCCACACUACUUGGCGAUGGGCGUUUUAUAUCAAGCUCCCGAUUGUUGGCCUUUGCCUCGCUCUUGCUGUCAUUUGCCUCCCCUCGCGGUCCCUCGCCACAGCCAACGUCUCUGUCUGGAGGCGUCUCGUUAGCAUCGACCCUAUCGGCGUCGCCUUCAACAUGAUCGUACCUGUCCUAUUCGCCCUUGCGACAACCUUCUCGGGACCCAUCUGGGACUGGGGCUCCGCUGCAUCUACCGCGGUGUGGAUAGUUUUUGCUGUGGCUCUCGUUGCUUGGGUCUCGCAGCAGUACUUUUGUAUCUUUACAACGCCCGAGGAGCGCGCCAUUCCUAUGCAUAUGUUCUCAAAGCUUAGACUGCUCCCCAUCUGGGUUGCAACAGGCUGCGCAGGCGCCGCUUAUGCUGUAACCCUGUACUACACCCCGCUCUUCUACGCCUUCGCCCGCGGCCACGGCGCCAUUCAGCAGACAGUUCGCAUGCUGCCCUUCAUCAUCGUUUUCAUCUUUGUUGUACUCUUUACCGGCGUUCUCCUCACCGUCAUCGGCCGUUACAAGAUCAUCUAUCUUUGUGCUGCCACCAUUACACUCGCUGCAUCUAUCGCAAUGGCUACCACCAUGGACGACAAGGUCUCUGAGGCGCAGGUAAUGGGUAUUGAGGCCCUCAUUGGCAUCGGUCUUGGGAUGCAGUUCCAGCACGGCCUUGGUAUCUCCAACGUCAUCAACAAAACCGAACGUGACCGCGUGGACAGCACUGUGAUAUGCAACAUGGUUCAGAUGGGAUCCAUAGCUAUCACUCUCUCCAUCGCAGGGUGUAUUUUCCAAAACGUGGGCUUCAACCUGCUAUCCUCCGCAGUGGGACGGAAGCAGUACUCGGAGGAGGAUAUCCGUGAAGCCCUGGCUGGUGUGUCGUCGGUUGUCUGGCAGACCAAAGACCGGCAGGUUGUUGCACGAGGCAUCGCAGCUGUGACAGAGGUCCUUUCUCGAGAGUUCUACAUCGUCGUCGCUAGCUCAGCGGUAUGUUUGGUAUGCGCUAUAUGCAUGAGCUCAGAGAAGCUGGACUAUGGCAGGAAGAAAAGUACCAAAGCAACAACCCCGGACUCGUCGUAG